GGUUGCGCCUUCUGAAAGCAGUUUAGAAAAUUCCCAGCUGAAAGGAGAAGAUCUGCUCUCUGACAAAAACUGGGCUGCAAAAUAUUCAUAUUUGUGGAAGUGCAUCCUUUGGUUCUGCGGCGCGCUUUUCCGAUAUACAAGUGCGCAAAAAGUUUUGUUUUUGGACUGGACUUUUUUCUUGUUGUUUGUUUGUUUUGGUGCGCGAUGAUGGCCUCUUACCAAAGCCCGGAGGAUGACCCAAUGGCCUUAAUGAUCCACGACACCAACACGACCAAGGAAAAAGAGCGACCAAAAGAAGAGCCGGUCCAGGACAAAGUCUCAGAGAAACCGGAUCCAUCCCAGAAACCACCGUACUCCUACGUCGCUCUCAUUGCCAUGGCUAUUCGGGAGAGCUCGGAGAAGCGCCUCACUCUGUCUGGUAUAUACCAGUAUAUCAUCAGCAAAUUUCCUUUCUAUGAGAAAAACAAAAAAGGUUGGCAGAACAGCAUCAGGCACAACCUAAGUCUCAAUGAGUGUUUCAUUAAGGUUCCGCGGGAAGGCGGCGGGGAGAGAAAAGGGAAUUACUGGACACUCGACCCAGCCUGUGAGGACAUGUUUGAGAAGGGGAACUACAGGAGACGCCGCAGGAUGAAGCGGCCUUUCAGACCACCACCGACACAUUUCCAGCCAGGGAAGGCAUUGUUCGGAGGAGACGGCUAUGGCUACCUGUCUCCGCCCAAGUACCUGCAGUCUAGCUUCAUGAACAACUCCUGGUCGUUAGGCCAGCCGCCUACUCCGAUGUCCUACACGUCCUGUCAGAUGGCCAGCGGUAACGUGAGCCCAGUGAACGUGAAGGGUCUGACAGCCCCCUCAUCCUAUAACCCCUACUCCCGAGUACAGAGCAUGGCGUUGCCCAGCAUGGUAAACUCUUAUAACGGGAUGACUCACCAUCACCACCCUGCGCAUCCCCACCAUGCUCAGCAGCUGAGCCCGGCCACCGCCGCGCCGCCUCCGGUCUCCUCCAGCAACGGGGCAGGCCUUCAGUUUGCGUGCUCCCGCCAGCCCGCGGAGCUCUCUAUGAUGCACUGCUCUUACUGGGAACACGAGACCAAACACUCUGCGUUGCACACGAGGAUUGAUAUUUAAAGUUUACCAAAACGGUUUCUGUAAAAAAAGAAAAGAAAAAGAAAAAAAGAAGAAGAAAAAAAAACUCUGAGAGUGAGAGUUAGUUCCUGUGAUUUUUAAAAAGAACCUACAGUAUUUUUAAGAGACCAUUCUGACGAGGUGUUUGGGUCCAGCUGACAUCCGUAAUAAGUCGAUGGGGAGAUACGCGCCAGUUGGGGAUGAACAUGUUUUACAAAAUGGAAACGAGAGGUAAAGAAGUAAUCAGCGCACACCAGGUAGCACAACCUCUGGGAGGCAUUUUAUGCGCCUGUAUUACUUAUGGACUGAUGGCCAUCACUCUGUUGUUGAGAUUGAAAAAAGUUUUUUAUUAUCAAACGGAUUGCGGACAUUGUUGACCUUGCUUCAGCUGUUUUUCGGGUAUGCGUAAGGAGUUCUCCCAUCUUUACGCACGGCCCUAUCCAAAUUGUUUCUUUAUAAAUAAAAAAAAAAAGAAAGAAAGAAAUAAGUGGACAUAAGAUGCCCUAAUUAAGUCAGUGCUUUAAAACUUUAUUGAAU